CUCAUCCCGAUUCCCGACUCACUCUCCCUCUCUCAAACUCUCAGACGGACCUCAGUCCCUCGACAGUUCCCUUCCCUCGACUCCAAUCGUCCUUCCCUCGACUCCAAUCCCCUCACCAACCGUCGAUUCUCCUCGGCGAAUACAACGGCACCACCCAUCAACCUCCUCGACAACAUCCCAGACAACCAGGCCAUCACGCUUGCCGUCGAUUCUCUCCUCUUCGACAGCAACCCCCGCCAGCCAUCAUCCCUCUAAAAUUUAGAGGUACUGAAGAUCCUCAUGGAGUCGAUUCCAGAACUUUCAAUGACUGUUGAUCGCGCAAACACCACGGCAUUGCACAUCGCUGCAGCACAGGGACACACUGAAGUAGUAAGUUUUCUUUUGGAGACUGGUUGCAGCUUGAUGUCCAUAGCAAGAAGCAAUGGGAAAACUGCCUUGCAUUCUGCAGCAGGGAAGGGGCAUUUGGAGGUGGUCCAGGCCCUCUUGAGCAAAGAUACCGGAUCUGCAAUAAGAAAAGAUAGUAAUGGCCAGACAGCUCUCCAUAUGGCAGUCAAGGGACAGAAUGUCGAAUUGGUGGAUGAGUUAGCGAAGGCAAAUCCUUCGUUGAUAAACGAGGUAGACAACAAGGGAAACACUGCCUUGCACGUGGCAACCGGGAAGGGUCGAGCUCAGAUAGUAACUAUGGGUCCUCUAUACAGAAAGAAAGUUAUCCAGAUAAACAUAGCGAAGGGAAGUGACUACUUGAUUUACAUGGCAACUGGAAGCGGCAAGUCCAAUAUUUGGUUUGUUUGACAUUUUAUAUUUUGUUUAAUGUGUAUAGUUUAAUGAAAUGCCUGAGAAAAACCAUCAUGAUCAUGAUGCUUGGUAGACAAUUUGUACUAAAAAAAAUGUUUGACAAACGAAAUCCUGAGCAAAAGAUGUCUGCAUUGAAAAAACCUGCUCUUUGCAUUCCUUUUUUAUAGAGAACUUCUUUGCAUGGUUGGCUGCUUUUUCUAACUCUUCUGAUUAGAUGAAUUGUACUCGCUUUACUCUUUGUAGAUAUAACAUGAAAUUAGACAUACGCUUUAUGCAUGUAUAAGUAAAAACUUAAAAUGAAAAAUUAUCGUUUUUAUAGCUUAAUGUGGUUGUUCCUACUUUUUUAGGUUCCUUUGUGGUUCCAAUGGAUUAAAGUUUUAGCACAAACACCAGCUAAAAUUUAUUACAUAGCUUUUUGCCUUUUAAUUGGUGCUUUGGUUGAACCUGAUGCAGGAUUUCUUGCACUCUGUCAUGAUCAGAACCUCACCUUCAAUUGAGUAUGCCUACAUGCCAUUUGACAACACUCCAAUUGUUAUUGAACCAUUUAAUACGAGCAUAUUAUGCAGCUGUAGGACAAGUUGCUUCUAAUAAAGAAGGUUUUAACGGCUAAUGGAGAUACCGAGAAGAUGUGAUUGAACAAAGAUAAAGUGCCCAACAAUAUUGUUGUCUUGCCUAUUGUUUUGAAGAGAGCACAAGAGUGUCUUUCAAAUAUUGACAAAUUAGACCCUCAAAACAAAAUCAUAUGUUAGAACAUGCUAAUACAUGUUUUUUAAUCUAUCAAGAUAAAGAGUAAUAUUUUUCUUAGUUUUAUUCUUGGCGUGUGUUAAAUAUGACAAAUGUGUAAGACGCCCGUUGUGCGCAUGUUUAAUAAAGCCUCUCACACGUAGUAUAUAGCCAAUUAAAAGAGAACUGAAUGUAUUUAUAAAUCAAAUAAAAUAGAAAUGGAGAAAAAAGAAUACAACAAAUGGAGGA